GUUUUUCUACCGUAAUACCACAAAGCGCAGGAGAGUUGACGACGCCUUACGCCUCCGAUUUGCUGACGUCACCGCCCAACAUGGCGGAGUGGUUCCUUCAAACAAAAGAUCGUGUUGGAGGGCUGUAAAGUCGCGGAUGCGCCCGAGGAACUUCGUCGACUGAAGAUCAACGAUGAGUUCUGAGAAGGAGACUGAAGAGGAGCCGGGCAGGUUGCAUCAGUGUCGUCACUGCGGUAAAUCCUUCAGCUUGAGCCAAACUUCGGCUGCUAGCGGGGAGUUCGAGUGCUCCCAGUGCGACGCCAGCUUCAGCCAGGAGGUGGAGUUUGAGCUGCACCUGAAAACACAUGCUGAGGACUCUCUGUUCUGCAGCCAGCAGUGUAGGGAACUUUUCACCAGCGGGACGUCCCACAUGACAGAUCAGCCAGGAGCGUUCCAGUGCGAGCACUGCCCCAAGUCCUUCGAAUACGUGAGUCUGUACAGGACACACGUGCGUGUGCACACUGGCGAGAGGCCGUACACCUGUGAGGAGUGUCAAAAGACCUUCAGUUUUUUAAGCUCUUUCCGGCGACACCAGCGCAGCCACAGUGGAGCGCGGCCGUACCAGUGCGACUUCUGCGACAAGAGUUUCACACAGAAGGGUCACUACAGCCUGCACCUACGCAACCAUACUGGGGACAAGCCGUACGAGUGCGAGCAGUGCGACAAGAGCUUUGGCGACUUCAGCACCUACAGGAUCCACCAGCGUGUGCACACGGGAGAGAAGCCGUACAGCUGCCCAGAGUGUGGCAAGAGCUUCUCCCAGCUGGGCAACUUCAACUCACACCUGCGCAUCCACUCAGGGGAGAGGCCGUUCAGCUGCGACCUCUGUGGGAAGAGCUUCACCAUCUUGAAAACCUACCAGCAGCACGCUCGCAUUCACACGGGGGAGAAGCCGCAUCAAUGCAAGGAGUGCGGGAAGUGUUUCAGCCGCCCGAGUCACUACGUCCGCCAUCAGCAGAUCCACGCUGGGCCAUACAUCCGAGGGGAAAAGACAAACUGGACUGUGACCAAAGAAGAACCUCCAUCGCCGACAGAGGUGGAGAGCAGCACAUAGAUGUCGGCACAGGCCGUGUGUUCAUUUGAUGCUCGUAAUGUUACGGCUGAUUUCGCUGCAGUGUCAUUUCUAUUCAGAUAUUUUUAUGUCCUUCAUGUUUCUAUUAAAAUAACAUGU